GUUGAUCUCGCUAUCCACUCCAUCGAGCUCGACGCACCAUGUCCCGCUCAUCUUACGACCGUUACCUUACCGUCUUCUCGCCCGAGGGCCGGCUGUAUCAAGUCGAGUACGCGUUCAAGGCCAUUAGCGGCGCGGGUAUAACUUCCAUCGCCAUCCGUGGCAAGGACACGGCCGUCGUGAUCACGCAGCGCAAGGUGCCUGACAAGCUCCUCGACCCCGAGACGGUGACCCAUGUGUUUCAGAUCACACCAACGAUAGGUUGCGUCGUCACCGGCAUGAUUGCCGACGCGCGUGCCCAGGUCCAGCGCACACGGUCAGAGGCAGCAGAGUUCCGCUACAAGUACGGCUAUGAGAUUACGCCUGAUGCGCUCGCCAAGCGCAUGGCCAACAUCAACCAGGUGUACACGCAGCGCGCGGGUAUGCGUCCUCUUGGCAUCUCGAUGAUCCUCAUCGGGCCAGAUGACGAGCGCGGACCGCAGGUUUUCAUGAUCGACCCCGCCGGAUUCUACGUGGGCUACAAGGCUGUCGCGAGCGGUCAGAAGCAGACUGAGGCGACCAACUUCUUGGAGAAGAAGUGGAAGUCUGUGGAGAACGGGUCUCUGAGUCUCGACCGCGCCGGUGUCCUCGAGCUGGCGAUUGAGACUCUCUCGAAUGUGUGCGCGACCGACUUCAAGGCGAGCGAGAUCGAGAUUGGCAUCAGCUCGACGUCUCCAGAUGAGCCAGGAGAGGGCGGCAAGCUCGGCGGCACGGGGCGCUUCCGCCAGAUGAACGAGGCUGAGCGCGACGAGUGGCUCAUCCGCGUGGGAGAGAAGGACUAGCGUGCGCGCCCGUGCUAGUGCUGUGUAGACAGGUAGAAGUUUGCAUAUGUAUGGUUCAGUAGAGCGG